UGGUUACCUUUAUUUAAGAUAGCCUUAGCUGGCCAAAUCGUCAGUAGAUUUUUGACAAAGUGACAUUAUGCGUAUUUUAGCGUUGUUGUCUUUAUGUUAUUUUAUGCAUCUUUCGAACAGUGAAAGUUUAAGUAAUUUAUUGGGCUAUUAUUUGGGGUUUCGUCGCCUAUGCUUGUGCCGAUGUGGUGUGCAACAAGGUCAGAAAACUGGAAUACAUAGUCGAAUGCUUGGCGGAGAAACAAUUCAGCCUUUGCAAAUGCCAUGGUUGGUUUAUAUUCACACAAACAAAACAUUUACUGGAACUCUUAUAUCGAACAGACAUGUAAUCACAGCUGCCUCUAAUCUAUAUGACAUAUUACCAUCAAAAGUAUCAGUGACUUUGGGAUCUAAUGGACUCUGUGAUAAAGCGCCAUCAGCGUUCAAUGCGAGUGUUGAGGCAAUAUUAAUAAAUCCUAAAUAUUCACCGAGUAGGAAAAACAACGAUAUUGCAUUGAUAAAAUUACACAAUGAAGUUCUAUUUACUGAAGUUAUUGCUCCAAUUUGUAUGCCCAUAUAUGAUGUCGGUAAUAUACAACAAUUAGCAGAAGUAGCAUCAGUAGCGACUGACGAGAAAAAGAUAUCUACGUAUUGUGGUGCUCGCACCGCAUCCUUGCCAAUAUUAUCCGAAAGAUCAUGUUUAUCUGCUAUCAAUUCCUCUUUUGUAACUCCAGAUAAAGGUUGUUUGGGUCCCGUUGGUGCUAUUGGGACUUUGUGUCAGUCAGACAUAGGUGCACCAGUAAUGACGCGUUUUACCACUUUAAGCCCAUACAGAUUGAUUGGAGUGUUAUCGUCAGCAUCGUGUUAUGAAAAGCAAACGCCGCUUUAUACCAGAAUAAUAGAUCAUCUUCCAUGGAUUAAUGAGAAUAUUCGUCGGGAUUGCCAGUGCUUUUAAGACAAUAAAUAUAAAAAAUGGCUAACUUAUAUUAAAUAGAAUCUUGUCUUUUAUGCGUGUUUUCACUAUCACUGAUUGUGCUGGUUUUUAAUAUUUGUGACUAUAUGAUGACUCGAUCUCCCUACUCUUUACUUGUACCUCAGGGGAAUAUAUAUGUAAUCAAUAUACGAAGAAAUGGGUCCCAGAAUAUGUAAACACCAUCUGGUCUAGUACGACGACGUAAUGAGUAAUCGAUUCCCUAUCCUCUUAAAUCUCUUGCCAUCACUUGUUUAGUUUUGCACUUUUUCGGUUGUCUCUUACUAAUUUAGGAAACAUUCUAUAUAGUUACGGUUCCCAAACUACGUAUUGGGUUAUUAUAACGAUGUAUUUGACGUCACUCAUAUAAAUAUGUAUUUUUAACUUACUUGACCUGUUGGCCAUCAUAGCAAUUGAUUAAUAAAUAACACUAAUGGAUGGAUUAAAACUACGACAUUUGACCACACUAUUUAAUUAUGCAUUAUGCAUUGCUUUACUAUUUACACAGAAUUUUUAUUAAUCACUUAGCAAGUUUAUUCGAGA